AUGCAGAAAAAAGAAAGUAUGAACAGAAAAUAUGAGCUAGAAAUAGCCAACUGUCAGAGUGCUAAAAAACUAACAAAUCUAUAUUUAUUGUUCAUAGAUAGAAUAAGAUACAUCUACAUCCAGUGGUCUGGCAGUGGCCCCACAAUUGUUCUGUACCCUACAUUCCAGAACAGAACAAAAGGGUACGUGAUAACAUUGAUCGAUGACUUGUACACAUAUCCCCAGGUGCUUUCUGUCUGGCUGAAUGACCAUAGAGGUAGUCUGAAGAUACUCACCACAGAGCCUCCAGUAGCUGGACCAGCAGAUGGCUCUCCUUGGCCUGCUGCUGCAACUGGUGUCACAAUGUUGACAAUAAAUAUUAUAGCUAGUACUACUAUGAAUAGAUUGAAGAUACUAUUUCUAUGCAUGCCCAAUGCUUUUUUCUCCUCUUAUAUAGACACCCUCCAUCUUUUGAUCGGUGUGGUUUUGUCUUUUAUUCGUUUUUGUCUUUACUUUGUGCGCAGUUCCUGCUAUGACGAAAAACAGCGAAUUAUAUUCCAGAGAAAUAUGGAUAAGUGCCCGUUUUGGCAGUGUGCCACAAUAGACCAGUAA